UAAUAUGGACUUGAGUGCAUCGGAAGAAAAACAAAUUAGUUAUCUUAAUUCUAUCCUUCAAAAAGUGAAUUCUGCAGAAGAUAAUUUUAGCGAAACAUUUAUUAAUUCGCAAGAUUACAUUAAUCUUUUAUCGCAAUUUGGUAGUAGUGAGUCUCGUAAAAUAAUUUCGUUAUCAUUAUUAAUAUUGACAAAAUUAUUGGAAAAAAAUCAGAUAAAAAAAGAAUUAAAAGAAAUUACAAAAAAACAAAUAAUAAAAUGGAUAAGUGAUUCGACAAAACAACAAGAGAAAUUAAAUGGCAUUAAAGCAUUAUCAGCCAUAUUUAAUUUAGGAGAAAAUGAUAUAGGAAAAAGUUGUUUAGAAAAGGAUGAUAAUGAUGAAGGAGGAAUAUUAACAGAUUUAAUGGAAUUUGCAGAAUUUGAUAAGGAAGAAGUAAGAGAAUCAAUUAUAGAAAUGUUAUCAAUAGCAUGUUCGCAGGUACAAUGUAGAAAGUUGGUAAAAUUAAAUUGUCAAGAAUAUUUAAGCAAAUUAAUGAAAAGUAAAAAUUUAAAAAUAAAAAGUUUAGCUGCUGUUACAUUAACGAAAUUAAUGUUGGAUGAUAAAUUAAUUUUACCAGGGGAAGGAAAUCAAGAAAGGAAGAAAAUUGUUAGCGAAGAGGAAGAUGAAAAUGAGUUAGCAGGAUUAUUUCAAAAUUUAGUAUUAAAUGAAGGAUCAGAAAUUGAUGUUAGAGCCAACGCUAUUGAAGGGUUAGCUUACGCAAGUUUAAAACCCACGGUUAAAGAAAUGGUCGCAUAUCACCCCACUUUACUUAAAGAAAUUUUUAAGUUAGUUAAAGAACAAGAAAAAUUGAAUAAUAAUUUAUUAUAUGGAGUUGCUGUAAUAUUAUCGAACAUUACGUCAUAUAGGAAAAAAUUAAGCGAAAAUGAACGACAAAUAUUAAAAUUGAAGAAAAUUGCCGAUGGCGAAAGUAGUUUCGAAAUAAACCCUCUGAAUGAAGAUGAAUAUGUUGAAAAUCGAAUAAAGCAAAUAAUGAAAUUUGGAGUAAAUCAAACAUUAAAUUUAUUAUCAAAAAAUCAAAGUCAAAUUAUACGUCAAUUGGUUUCGAAUAUUUUUUUAAAUUUAGUGACAGAUCAGACAAAUCGUGGUAUUAUCGUACAACAAGGUGGAGUUAAGGUUUUAAUUCCUUUAGUCAUUAAAGAAGGUAAUACAAAAGAAGGGAGGGUUUUUGCAACUCAAGCUUUAGCUAAAAUUGCUAUUACAAUGGACCCAAGUUUGGUAUUUAGAGGUGAACGAUCUUCAGAUCUUGUUCGUCCUUUACUCAAUUUAUGUCAAGGAGAAAAUGAAUUAUGUCAGUUUGAAUCUUUGAUGGCAUUAACCAAUUUAAGUAGCGUGGAAAAUGAUAUUAGGAUGCGUAUUUAUGAUUUAAAAGGGAUUCCGAUUAUUGAAAAUUCACAAUUCUCUGAUAAUACUUUGGUUCGUAGAGCGGCAACAGAAUGUUUAUGUAAUAUGAUGUUUUGUGAUCCUGUUUAUGAAUUAUAUAGUGAUCCUCAAUCAUCAAUUAAUAAAAUUACCAUUCUCGUUGCCUUUUCUGAUACUGAUGAUUUUGAAACGAGAAGAGCCGCUUCGGGUGCUUUGGCCAUUCUCUCAACUAAUCCCAAUGUAUGUAAGAUGAUCCUGGAUAGACCAAAAGGAAUUCAAAUUCUUAAAGAUUUAUUAAAUGAAAAUUCUCCUGAAAUUCAGCAUAGAGCAAUCGAAUGUUUGAAAAAUAUCGCUAGUAUUGAUAAAGACAAGGCAGAAUUAUUGGUUAAAGCCGAUUUACACAAACGUAUGUUGGAAUUGGUGGAAGAAGGGAAGGUGGAAUCCGUAGUAGUCACUUGUGCUGAAACGUUAAAAAUUUUUGCUAAUCAUGGUUUAUUAAAAAUUUGAAUAUUUCUAUAAAUUAAAGUAAUUAAUGUUUAAAAUUAAAAUUCAUUAUUGAUUAAAAAAAAUUACAGUAUUU